CUCUUCAACUGCGCAGCUCCACUCCAUGUCUGUGGUCACGCACUCAGAUGGCUUUUUCUCUCUCGUCGCCAUUCCUGAGCGAAUUGAAUGAAUAGCUGGGGUGACCAGUACGGCCACAGUAAAGAACAGAAUUAUUCUGAAUCAUGUGCAUCAAAAGCAGUGCAGUGCAGUGCAGUGCAGUGCAGCGCAGCGCAGCGCAGUGCAUAUCGUUGUGCGAAUUGAUCUUGUCUUUUACAGCAGCUGGACAGACGAUCAUCCAGAGACCACAUUAGCCGCUUCAAUCCUAGUCCGCAGAAUAAAUGAAUAAAUUCACCGAUCCAAUCCACCGUCUUUGAUUAAAUCUGGGGAGAGAAUCCGCCAUGGCCAUGGAGAGAAUCCGCCAUGGAACCUUGUCCUCCGCCUCCGUGAGGCGCUUUCGGUGGGUGUUGGUGAAGGCCGCCGGGGACGGGAAGAGGAAAGAGGAAGGUAAGGUCGUGCCGGCUGACGUCGACGAAGUGAUAUUUGCCGUCUCGAGCGCCUGCGACGACGGUGACCGCGAGGGAGCGGAGGAAGCGGGGCGGAGGAAGAAGGCGGCGCCUGCUGGGUCUUCCUCCUCCUCCGUCUCCUCGUGGUUCCGCGCCGCGGUGGCCGGCUGGCUACGACCGUCGGGCUUGGGCCCCCGCGUGACCGGGACGCUCUUCGGGCGCCGGCGCGGCGGCGGCCACGUGCACGUCGCCUUCCAGGCCGACCCCCGCGCCUGCCCCGCGGUCCUCAUCGAGCUGGCGACGCCGACGAGCACGCUGGUGCGCGAGAUGGCGUCGGGGCUGGUGCGCAUCGCGCUCGAGUGCGACCGCCGCCGCCGUCCAAGCGGCGGCGGCGGCAAGAAGCAGCAGCAGCUGGUGGAGGAGCCGCUGUGGCGCGCCUACUGCAACGGAAAGAGGUGCGGGUACGCGGUGCGGCGCGAGUGUGGCCCAUCCGACUGGCGGGUGCUGCGGGCAGUGGAGCCGGUGUCGACGGGCGCCGGCGUCCUCCCGGCGUCCAGCUCCGCCGGCGAAGCAGGGGAGACGAUGUACCUAAGGGCCAAGUUCGAGAGGGUGGUGGGGUCCAGGGACUCCGAAGCCUUCUACAUGAUGAAUCCCGACAACGACGGCGGUCCGGAGCUGAGCAUCUACUUUCUCAGACUCUAACACGUGUCUUCAUUUAAUAAUUGCUUUGUGUUGGCUAAUUAAGUGCAUUUUCUUCUCAUAAUCUCCUUAUUAAUGGCUUCAUCUACUCUGUUAUCAUAAUUAAAUCCCAUGAUUUACCAAAUAAUCUGGGACGGAUUAUUCUCCUUAUUAAUGGCUUCAUCUACUCUGUUAUCAUAAUUAAA